AUGCAGUAUGCCGUUAGAGGUCCAAUUGUAAUUCGAGCAGUGGAGAUCGAAAAAGAGCUGGAAAAGGGAGUGAGCAAGCCUUUCAAGAACGUUAUCAAAGCCAACAUCGGUGACGCGCAUGCGAUGGGUCAGAAGCCCAUCACAUUUAUAAGACAGGUGCUAGCCUGCGUGUGCAAUCCGUUACUAACAGAGUGUGGAGGAUUCCCUUCUGAUGUGGUGGAACAUGCUAAAACCAUUCUUCGUGGAUGUGGAGGCCAUAGUGCUGGUGCGUACAGUCAGAGCACCGGUAUUGACGUGAUCCGCCGACAUGUUGCCGAGUAUAUCGAGAAACGUGAUGGAUUUCCCUGUGACCCUGAAAAUGUAAUUCUUUCUGGUGGAGCUUCUGAAUCAAUUCGCAAUGUGUUAAAGAUGUUUAUACGACGUGAUGUUAACAAGAAAACUGGUGUAAUGAUCCCGAUACCUCAGUACCCAUUGUAUUCAGCAACAGUUGAGGAAUUCAACCUUGGACAGGUAGGCUAUUAUCUUCAUGAAGAGAAGAACUGGAGCCUUGAGGAAGAAGAACUGGAGAGAUCGUAUAAAGAAAGCCUUAAGCAGUAUGAUACUAAAGUGCUCUGUGUUAUCAACCCCGGAAACCCUACUGGACAGGACAAUAUCUAUGCAGAGGGAUCGAAAUUUCAUUCCUUCAAGAAGGUCAUUAAUGAGAUGGGAGCGCCCUACAACAAAAUGGAAUUGGCCUCAUUUCAUUCAGUAUCAAAGGGUUAUAUGGGUGAGUGUGGAAUGCGUGGUGGUUAUGUAGAGUUCUUCAACCUGGAUCCGCAAGUGUUCGUGAUGUUCAAGAAGAUGAUUUCCGCAAAACUGUGUUCUACCAUUCUUGGCCAGGUCGUUAUGGAUACCGUUGUUAAUCCGCCUAAAUCCGGCGACCCCUCAUACAAUCAAUGGCUUCAGGAAAAGACAGCAGUGCUUGAUUCCCUCAAAAAGCGGGCCAUAUUAGUGAAGGAAGCGUAUGGAAGUAUCGAGGGAAUAAAGUGCAAUGAAGUUCAGGGUGCUAUGUAUGCAUUUCCUCAGAUAGAACUGCCAUCACGCGCUAUAGAAACUGCCAGAUCUUUGAACCAAGAACCCGACUUCUUCUAUGCAAUGAAAUUGCUUGAAUCAACUGGUGUGUGCAUUGUACCCGGCAGUGGAUUCGGUCAGAAACAAGGCACAUACCAUUUCCGGACGACAAUUCUUCCACAGACGGAAUUAAUGAAGGAAAUGUUGGAUCGAUUUAAAUCAUUCCACAUGAAAUUUUUAGAAGAAUAUAAAUAG